AUGGUGUAUUACACGCUGUGUACACGAAUACACUGGAUGGUGGGCUCCAUGAUCCAUCACCGUCGCCGACAACUAAUAAUUGCUUUCGCUGUCGUUGUGGCUGAUGAUCGACUCGGCGGCGUAACCUUCGAGAAGCUCGAGAUCCGAGCUCAAGGGCCGCAUGCAGGGAUGCCGCUCCUUAUGGUACGCUGCCUUUUGCAGGACUUCACCGCAAUUCUGCAACUCGCCCCUGUCUGCUUUGAGAGGGAGAACUCCUUUCUGCAGAGCUUGCAACUUGCAACUCAGUCCGUCACCGCCACAAUGGCACUCCACACUGGGCGUAAUUGGGUUGACUUGAGAGGCGCAGACACAACAGACCAGAAGGAAAACAGCAGCGAGCAAGUCCGAAAGGCUGCGAUCAGGCUCUGGCAGGAACCAAUUCGCCCCUAUGCUCAGUCAGCUUUCGACCGCACGUCCUCAUGA